GUCAAGUUGAGGAAGACUUCAAUUAAACGGGCUAAUUUGAAUCCAGUCUAUCAUGAAUGCCUCGAAUUCGACGUUCCUUUACAUGAAGUCGACGACACGAAUAUGCUCGUACAAGUCAUGGAUUGGGAUAGGAUCGGUCGUGAUGAUCUGUUGGGAUGUUGUAUAAUCGGUCGUGAUAGUACCACUGCGGAGGGUCGACAGCAGUGGAGUGAUUGUUUUCGAUCGCUCUCUUCGAACGAUCAUGAUCCUUCGCGGCCUCGAUCCGUAGGCACAUGGCACAGCAUAUUGGCCGAGGUUCCUGAUGAUUUUCGGAAUAUUCCGAAAGCGAAGAAGUAA